AGGGACUUGAAGCCAGAUAAUAUGCUUAUUUCAAAUGAAGGACACAUUAAACUUACGGACUUUGGGCUUUCGAAGGUUACUCUUAACAGAGAAAUAAACAUGACUGAUAUUCUCACCACACCAUCAAUGAUAAAACCAAAACGAGACUACUCACGUACUCCUGGACAAGUCUUGUCACUUAUAAGUUCAUUAGGCUUUCAUACACCAGCAGCAGAGAGGCCUCGAGUGUCACCCUUAGCAAGCCCAAUGUCUUGUGACAGUGUGCGUCUUUCCCGGGUAUCCAUGGGUUCUUCAGUGGCUCAGUUUCAGCGAGAAUCAACCUUCUGUACACCAACCCCUAAUAGUGACAAAGUUUUGAGACCAUGUUCUGACAAUAGAAGCUUAAUUCCUGUUAAGUGCCUCACCCCAACUUUAAUGAAGUCAAGAAUUCAAACUGGAACCUCCAGCAUCAGCAGUCAUUCCCAGAAUUACCCUUCGAGUACGGAAUCAGAGUGUUGCAACAGCCCCCGGUGGGAGAAGGAGUUUCAGGACACUGAAAUGGUAGAGAGUUCUGACCAGAUACCUGCCACUCUAGAUGGUAAACAAGGUAAUGUGUCAGGUAAUGAUUGCAUACUUUUAAGGAAUGCCAAGUUUGAGUCUACUCCCUCUCCAAUCGACAUUGAUGGCUCAGUUUGCAGAAGUAACGCAAGGGUGGAUAGUUCCACCAUGGAACACACUCCUCCAACUGCUAACAUUGGAAAAGCAAAUGCUAGAAAAUGUCUUUAUGACAAAGAGGCUUGGGAGGCAAAAAGGCAUCCUUCUAAUGCAACUGGAGGAAUAGAAAUGGCAGAAGUAUUUUUGAGAAAUCACUUAUCUCAGCAGCCACCAAAUGAUACAGAAAACACACUUGAGUUCAGUGAAAUGUCUUGUAUUACAUUAAAUAGCACUAUCCCAGUGGAUAGAAAACUAGCAAGUGAGCAUUCAGCUUAUGAAACUGCAUCUGAUGCUGACAUGUGCAGUGCAUAUGAUACAUGCAAUGAAAGCAUAAGUGAAAAGCCUGGGAAGCGAGGAUUUGAACUAGUCGACAAGAGUCCUGUGCAAGAAGGUGCUUUAGGCAAAAAAAAUAACUCUGAAUAUCGACGUGGCUAUGAAAUAUCUGAUCUGCAAGACAAUGGUAAUAGUGGUUUGACUAUGGAAAUCCAUUCCUUAAUGCUGUCUAAAAUACAGGAGUUUAAAAAUGAUGGUGUGAAUGAAUAUAUAUUGAAUACUGCUGCUGCUAUAGCAGAAACAGAAGAGAUGGCAAGCCUCCCUGCGGUAGCUAAAAACUUAAUGGGUGAAUUAAACAAACAAUGUGACAAACCAGAUAGAGAACCACUGAAUUCCAGUUUCUUAAGUCUUGAUGACAAAAGUUUAAGAAGAAGUCUUAGUCUAUGCUCAGACUCAUCAGGUCAUGAAAUGUCCAUUACAGAAAAUAUUUUAGAAAAGCAAAUUUCACACCUGGACCAAGGUAUUAAGGAUCUCUCGUUUGAAGAUGUGCAGAGUGACAGCAGGCCGCCCACACCACCAUGUCCCCAAGACAGCACUCCACAGACUAGUAACCAUGAGAGUGCUGUUAAUGACUUAAAUAAAUUAGUACAAGGUAAUGAAAUAAUUUCAAGAGGGUCACAAGAUACCUCUGGUGUUUUGCCUUCACAUACUGUUAAUCAAUUCAUGCUCUCCAAAAAAAAGGCAGUUGUUGUAUUUCGUAGUUUCUAUAGUCCUAUUAAUGGCUGCUGUACACCACUGCAUUCAAGGAUGAGCACAGGCUGUGUAGGAGGAGGAGAUAUUUCAUCUUGCAAUACUGGGACUUACCCAUUGACUGCAACACCGGCACAAAACAUGAAAAUACGCACUUCGUUUUCUGCUUUCCAGACUCCACAGCAGAAAUCUGGCCAGACGCCUUACAGGACACCAAAGAGUGUGAGGAGAGGAGUGGCUCCAGCAGAAGGGGAACAUUUUCUAGGAACCCCAGAUUACUUGGCACCUGAGCUGCUGCUGGGAAAGCCACAUGGUCCUUCUGUGGAUUGGUGGGCUCUUGGUGUAUGCCUGUAUGAGUUUCUAACAGGAAUUCCACCUUUUAAUGAUGAAACACCACAGCAAGUCUUUCAGAACAUCUUGAAAAGAGACUUAACUUGGCCAGAAGGUGAUGAGGAAUUAUCAAAAAAUGCUCAGUCUGCAGUAGAAAUUCUGCUAACAAUUGACAGCAAUAAAAGGGCAGGUUUAAAAGAACUCCAGCAACAUCCAUUCUUUAAUGGUUUAGAAUGGGAUAAUCUGCAGCACCAGCCUAUGCCAUUUAUACCACAGCCAGAUGAUGAAACGGAUACCACAUAUUUUGAAGCCAGAAACAAUGCUCAGCAACUUACUGUUUCAGGAUUUAGUCUGUAAGACCUGUUACGCUCCUCAGUGCAUUCAACUCAACAGUUUAAUUUGUUUCACAGGUUUUAUCUUUUUAAGUGGAACAAGAACUACUUAGAGUAUUGCAAGAAUGUUUCUCAUGUUUAGGCUGCAAUGGAGAGUUUGCAACAUAUAAAAUACACUGGAACUAUGGCAUAGAAUGUAAUUUUAUAUGAACUUCCAUUCUUCAAUUCACUGCUUGCAAACAAACAGAAGUCUUUGUCCUUCAGGAUGUUCAUGUACCGUUGUUAUAAAAUAUUUAAAUUCUUUGUCAAUGGUGUUAUCAUCCCCUUCUUACCAGGAGAUUGUGAUGUCACAUGCCGACUGUAAACAGUCUCUAUAAAAAAGAAGACAUGUACAAAUUGGAUCUUUAGAAAUUGCUUUUCAUUACUGCUAAGUUAUAUUAACAUUUUGGAGCUAAAUGCAACAUAAUAUGCAAAACUCCUUGUAUACAUGUAUUUAAUGGAGGUGCCACGUUUACUUUGCAAGUACCUCAGAAGGACAUGCUUAGACUAUGGUACCAUUUGUUUUGUCUGUGUUUUAUUUUUGUUCAAAUGCACUGUUCAUGCAGAGAGCACUUUAAAUGUACCUUAAUCAGUCCAUAAAAUUAAGUUGUAAGCUGUUUUUGUCAGCUGUAAUAAGAUGAUAAAAAUUAAAAAAAAAACAUAUAUAUAACAUCUCAACAUUCAUAAAACAGUCACACAGACUAAGCUAGCAUGUAAAUAAUUCUACUUUAUUCUUUUGCUGUAUCAAAUUCUCAUAAUUUUCUUGCAUCAAGAGAUGUUCCUUUUGGUUCUUAAUCAGGUUGCCAAAUUAAGAUGCACUGAUGAACUGAAUGAUGAAAAAAAUAACUUGACACAUUCUUUUAUUUUUCAUUGGGCAUAGUGCCCCCAUGACCUUGGCGUAAUUGUAAUCGACUCUGAGAACUGCUUAGUCAUUAAAGGGGCGAUGUUUCAUCAGUUUUUAUUCACCUUGUGUGUCACAUCUACUUUCAACAAUCAUAAAUGUUUCUGUUCUUU